AAUUCCCACCCAGCUGCCCCGCCUGGCCCUGACCAACCGUCCCUGAGACUGUUGUCUCCCUUAGGCCAUGGAGGGCUGAACCAGCUGGGAGGGGCUUUUGUGAACGGCCGACCCCUGCCAGAAGUAGUACGCCAGCGCAUCGUAGACCUGGCUCACCAAGGCGUGCGGCCCUGCGACAUCUCCCGCCAGCUCCGUGUCAGCCAUGGCUGCGUCAGCAAGAUCCUUGGCAGGUACUACGAGACUGGCAGCAUCCGGCCUGGAGUGAUAGGAGGCUCCAAGCCCAAGGUGGCCACCCCCAAGGUGGUGGAGAAGAUUGGGGACUACAAGCGACAGAAUCCUACCAUGUUUGCAUGGGAGAUACGAGACCGGCUCCUGGCUGAGGGUGUCUGUGACAAUGACACUGUGCCCAGUGUCAGCUCCAUCAACAGAAUCAUCCGGACCAAGGUGCAGCAACCCUUUAACCUCCCCAUGGACAGCUGCGUGGCCACCAAGUCCCUGAGCCCAGGACACACACUGAUCCCCAGCUCAGCUGUAACACCCCCGGAGUCACCGCAGUCAGAUUCCCUGGGCUCCACCUAUUCCAUCAACGGGCUCCUGGGGAUUGCUCAGCCCGGCAGUGACAGCAAGAGGAAAAUGGAUGACAGUGACCAGGACAGCUGCCGGCUCAGCACCGACUCCCAGACCAGCAGCAGCGGGCCCCGCAAGCAUCUUCGGACAGACACGUUCAGCCAGCACCACCUCGAGCCACUUGAGUGCCCGUUUGAGCGGCAGCACUACCCCGAGGCCUAUGCCUCCCCGAGUCACACCAAAGGCGACCAGGGCCUCUAUCCGCUGCCCUUGCUCAACAGCACCUUGGAUGAUGGGAAGGCCACCCUGACCCCUUCCAAUACACCCUUGGGGCGCAACCUCUCCACUCACCAGACGUACCCCGUGGUGGCAGAUCCUCAUUCACCCUUCGCCAUAAAGCAGGAAACCCCCGAGGUGUCCAGUUCUAGCUCCACCCCUUCCUCUUUAUCUAGCUCCGCCUUUUUGGAUCUGCAGCAAGUCGGCUCCGGGGUCCCAGCCGGUGCCUCGGUCCCGCCCUUCAAUGCCUUUCCCCAUGCUGCCUCCGUGUACGGGCAGUUCACGGGCCAGGCCCUCCUCUCAGGCCGUGAGAUGGUGGGGCCCACGCUGCCUGGAUACCCACCUCAUAUCCCCACCAGUGGACAGGGCAGCUAUGCCUCUUCUGCCAUCGCAGGCAUGGUGGCAGGAAGUGAAUACUCUGGCAACGCCUAUGGCCACACCCCCUACUCUUCCUACAGCGAGGCCUGGCGCUUCCCCAACUCCAGCUUGCUGAGUUCCCCAUAUUAUUACAGUUCCACAUCAAGGCCAAGUGUACCGCCCACCACCGCUACGGCCUUUGACCAUCUGUAGUUGCCAUGGGGACAGUGGGAGCCACCGAGCAACAGGAGGACUCAGCCUGGGACAGGCCCCGGAGAGUCACACAAAGGAAUCUUUAUUUAUUACAUGAAAAAUUACCACAAGUCCAGCAUUGCGGCUCACUCCCCAUGUGGUUAAUUUAAUGAACCUUGAAAGACACAAUGAUCUUGGAGAAGGCCAAACUGUCCUCUAAGACUCCUUAAUGAGGGGCAGGAGUCCCAGGGAAAGAGAACCAUCCCAUUCAGCAAAAGACAAAAUUGGAGGAGAGACCAUGGCCCCUGGAGGCUUCCCAUCAAAGGAGAGAAGAAGGAACAGCUGGACGACCUUGAGGGGAUGGCGGACGGGGCCACUUGGGCCUGAGGGGUGAACAGUGAUGCCUCCUGGCUCUUUCUCCAACACAACUCUAGCAAUUGUGUGCUGGAAACACUCCCAUCCAGCUCACAAGCCAUAGCGCAGUGCAAGGGCUGUCUCCCCCAGAGAUCUUGAUGGUCACCUCCCUCAGCCUCCCUACCUGUCCACCUUCUCCACUCACCUUGCUUGGCUCUUCCUAUGCCCCUCUCUUGGGUAUGGGCUGAAGGCUGGGUCUGGUCAAUCAGAAACUCCACCCCAUUAUUAACUGAUCUUCCAUUGCCUGCUGCAGUGAAUGUACAAACACCAUCCCAGGUUCUCGUCCAGUGGGUCUUCCCUUUGGGAGCUACCAUCAGCUGUGCCAGCCUUACACAGUUUGGGAUCGACAUUCCAAAGGGCCUCUGGGCCCUGGGAUGGUGUGAGGUACUCCUGUGCCCAGGACAGAGGAAGGCAGAUUGCUGGGGACCCACUUCCCUUUUCAGUAGCUCCUCCCAAGCCAAUGUGCUUCCUGCAGUCCAAGGCCACCGCCUCUGAAGGAGCCCUGAUGUAGCCCCUUGAAACCAACAAUGGAGGUUUACUUUCGUGCUCCCCAUAGCUGCUGCCCCCACACCUAACUGUAAAUACUGUAAAUGAGCUCUGUUUGGGACAAGCUUCCCUCUCUCCAUCCGCCAGACUUUGACCUUCAAAUGAAUUGUCUCCCUGCCAUGUCAGGCUUCUGUCCUUGUUGCUUCUUUCUUUUUUUAAAGACACCAUUGCCACAUGACUCAAUAAACCAUUACUCUUCAUCUCUGGCUUUGGGGUUGGCUGGGGAAGGAGGCGCCUCAGUGUUGGGCCUUCUCCCGAGAACCUCAGAGCCAAGUACCCAGCUGUGGGUUGAAAACACAGACCAUCCAUCAAGUUAACUUGACUCAUGGCAACUCCAUGUGUGUCAGAGUAGAAAUAUCCUCCACAGGGUUUUCAAUGGCAGAUUUUUCAGAAGUAGAUCACCAGGCCUUUCUUCUAGGGUGCC